AAAAGGACUUUGUUUCAUAAUAAAUACACAAUAUUUUAUGAUUUUAUGAUACAUAUUGAAAAAUAUUUAAUUAUGUCAUAUGUAUCCUCAGGCCCCUAUAUACAACACUACAUUGCACAAAUAAUGCUAAACUAUCUACAAUGUAGUGUAAGAGAACUAAUCAACCUGCUGUGGACACCAGUACACUCGUUAACAUUUUCCCUGUAUUAUGACUGACUAUACACAGUAAACCACAGGGUUUCAUACCAAGUUAAAUGGUAUUUUAUAAAGAACCAGCCGUUAACUCAAUGCACAAUUGGUUAAAAUGGCCAUUUAGACAUGCUUCCAUGGACGUACAUUCCAAUAUAAUAUUAAUAUUUACCCUGAAGGAAUUAUUCAACUCCAGGGUCUGACCUCCAGAUCACUUACAAUUAUUAAACCAUGUGUCUAGAAUUCACAAGAGUCCAGGUUUGAAUCGUGGUCUGGUCUGGUCCUGUUGUAUCUUCUCUCUCCUGAUUUAUGCCGACAGCAAUUCAUAGAAUUUAUUGGUACCUGACUGAGGAAGACCUAGUCCAAGUUUCCUCUGGCCCUAACACUAGACGUAAAUUCACGUAAUAGACAUUUUGACAGAUGUCUGUCCAUCCGAAUAUCCUGUGUACAUCUGUUGUUAAUUCCAGUAGGACCAUGUUGAUGAGGGAUAUAAAUCAGAAAUCAGACUAUUUAGCUUAUGUUUAAAGGAACAUGUCCCUUUCAUAUAUUGUAACGUCAACAAAAUACAAAUACAUGUACUUCAUCGUUCACGGUUUGUUAAUUUUUUUUUCUAUAAAUAUAUUAUAUAACAUUAAUUUUCUUCAUUUCAGAUCAAGAAGUGAAAAGGGAUGCUCAGCAAGAGCUUGUUCUGCUUAUGAGAAAUGCUGAUGCAAUUUCUGAUACAAAUCAAAACAGUUUGGAUAACAGCAAGGAAAUCGAAGAAAGCAGUGAAACAGAUCCUCCAUUGGCCAAGUCAUGGCGAGAAGAUGAAGCUAGGGCCCUGCUUCUCCAUCGCAUUAGCAUGGAUGGAGAAUUUAGGUCCAUGAAAACACACAAAAGCUUGUGGAAGCAGAUUUCCACAAUGCUUAAAGAACAAAAUAUUACUGCGACUCCAGAUCAAUGUGACAACAAGUUUAAGGCUAUGAAAAAAGACUACAAGUCUGCCAAAGACCACAACAAUAAGAGUGGUAAUGGAACGAAGACUUGCCGUUUUUUUGAGGAGUUUGAUCAGCUGUACGGCUGUAGAGCAGGAACUACCCCAGAGGCUACAUUGUGUAGUCUUUCUGUCGAUGACACCUCUACAAGUACACCACAGAGGAAAAAGACGAGGAAAAGGCCAGCAGCAUCCUCAACAAGUGUCUUGGAGCAAAUUGAAAAAAGGUGUCUCGGUGAUCUUCCAGCAGAUGUUUUUGUUUCAAUUUUGUGCUAUUUGUCACCAGAAGACUGUUGUAACUUAGCCCAAACAAAUAAGCACUUGAAACAGAUUAUCUACAGAAGCCGAACACAUUUACAUGUUAUGGCAGAUGAUCUUCUUAUAGAAACACUGUUAGAAAUGGAAGGUCUCGAGGUAUUGAAAAUAAAUAAGGAUUUUUUCAACAAGUUUUAUAAAUCCCAACACCUUGCAACCAUUGCCAAAAUAUGUGAGGCUAUCGAAUUAGGAGCCCUUCAAAAAUUGAAAAGAAUAGAGUUUGUUGGAAUAGAGGUUUUGUCAUGUAUGAAUCUGCUGGCCAGUUAUCUAGCUAGAUUACCAUUGUUGACGGCAUACUCACAAACCCAUACCUCAUGCCUCUCACCAGCUCAAGUAUUAUUGUUUUUGAAAAACAUUCCAUCUUUAAGAUUUAUUGUUGGAUCUGUCCUUGUCGCAGAGGAGGACAAGAUUUGGUGGGCAAAACUACUAAAUGAACUUGUAGGCCAAGUUACAUUUGGCCACAGUAUCAUAGACACCAUCCCUGCAAAAAUGCUGUGUUGUGACAGAAGUGCAUAUAGUUGGCAGUGCCCUACUGGCAUAACUAAAGAUGUGCUUAGCACCUUCUUCCAGUAAGCACAGGUAUGGGUGUCUGCAGACAAUAUUGGAUGUGUCCUUUAUGACCAGAUUGCAAUCUACUUUAAUACAAAUUUUAAUUUCCAUGUAUAUGUGUUAAAUGGACAUUCUAGUCAUUUGAAAGUCAUUAUGAUAUUAUUUACAUAAAGUACAAGGUAUGUGAUUUGUUUUAUUUUAUGGUGAGUUUUGAUGUUUUUGUUCAAUUCACAAAAGUAUUUGUUGCAUUUACUACACUUUUUAUGUAGUUUUUUUUUUACAUUUUAUUUUAUUCCUGGUGUACCUACAUUUUUAUUUAUCUCAUUGUGCUAGGUAGGCAUUAUUACAUGUAUGACAUUGUAAACAGACUACUUGUAAUCCCCCAAAAGUGUAAGGUUAAAGAAAAUUUAUUACUUUGUUCUUUAUGGCCAAUUUUCUAAUGGGAUG